AUGACUCUCAAUGUGUGUAAAGCAUUUGAAGGUAUUGAGGAAUUUUUGCCUGAUAAUUUUUCUUUCGAGAACAAUCAUACCUCUACUAAAAUAUACAAUGCUUAUUGUCCUAUUAGCAAGGAAACAGGGAAAGGAAAAUGUGGAACUAUCGGUCAAAUAGUUAGCGCUGUUACUACAUUAUUACUUAAGAAUUUAUUCACCGGAGAUGAUUAUAUAGAAUCUGAUAAUAAAAAUAACGAAUAUAUCACGUAUAUUAUGCUAUGGUUAAGUGAUAAAAUGAAACUAAUUAAAACAGGGAACUACGGAAGCGUGUCAGAUUUUGAUACCACGUUUAUAAAAUAUGAUGAAUAUUAUAACGAACAUAUUGAUCAAAUCAAUAAAAAAGAAAAAAUAAUGAAUAUUAAAAUUGAUGAAAUGCAUAAACUUUAUGGGUUACUUAAUGAUCUGUGUAAUGCAAUUACUAAAUAUACCAACGAUCCUUCAAAUUGCUCCAGUUUUUCAAAUUUUGCUAGUAAUUGGGAAAAACAAUCCAAUCAACUUGUUAAUAAAAAAAUUAAGGUUUUUGAAGAUGAGUAUUAUUGUGAUGUACUGUUGACUUUAAAAAAUGCUUAUCAGAAAUUUAGAAAUGAUAAUCACAUCCAAAAUAAACUUCCCCAAAUUAUAGAUAUAGAAGAAAUAAAUAAUUGUAAGAAACUAUGUAAAGCAGCAACAAAAUCAUGGAGAAUUAAAAGUGUGGAUCUCCGACAAAUUAAGGGAAAAAAAAAUAUUGAGAAAAGCAAAGAUACCUCGAGAUAUAUAGAUGUUGUUAAAAAUAGAUUUGAAUCGUAUAGCUCAUUUUUUAGUAUUAUGUUUACUAAUGUUGGCAAUAACUUAUAUAAAAAGUCGUUGCCAGCGCUAACAAAUGUUUACGAUAAAUUUAUAAAUUUUGCUGAUAACACGAUUAAUUAUGUGAAUGGGGAGUUAAAAAAACCAAUAAAAACUUAUACAUUCGAUAAUGGUAUACCUGAGGAAAAAGGCCCAGGAGGUGACCCAUUAUCAUCUCAAGAAACUCCAUCUGAAGCUUCAUCACCAUCAAGUUCUACGGAACAAACUAGGACAUCAGAAUUACCUCAGGAAUCAUCUAAAAAAAAAAAAUAUGAUCAAAAGAAUGAAGAAGAUUCUAAAAAAACAGUGCCAAAUUUAGUGAUUAAACGCGAAAAUUCAGUAACCGAAGUAACAGGAAAUGGAACGACAGAAAUAGAUGACAAUCCACUCAACUUAUACAAGAAAAUUGUAAUUUCAAUUAUAAUGCUUUUAAUACCCAUUGUUUUAGCUAUUAUGUACAAGUAUUUUUCAUUUGGAUGGAGAAAGGAAUUGAAGAAAAAAAAAAACAUGAAAAAGGCUAUAAAUAUGUUUGGUGCAAAUGAAACGACAAAAAGAGUUAUAAACCCAACUGAUCGAAAAAAACAAGUGCAAAUAAUUAUAAAUUCAUCUACUCAAAAAAAACAGGACAAAAAGUUUAAAAAUUCAUCUACUCAAAAAAAACAGGACAAAAAGUUUAAAAAUUCAUUUACUCAAAAAAAACAGGAUAAAAAGGUUACAAAUUCAUCUACUCAAAAAAAACAGGAUAAAAAGGUUAAAAAUUCCAUUUAUUGGGGAAAGUAUCCAUUAUUAAAUAUACACAAACUUAUGAAGACCGAUUCUGUACCAUUUAUUAUUUUAUUUUUGUUGUUUAUUUUUUAUGUUUAUAAAAGAAAAGGCUAUUAUUUAGAAUAG